UGUGUCACGAACACAUUUUAUUUUCCUCCACCUCUAUUAUUAAACCACUAUCAGCUUUAAAAUUGUUACAAAAUAAUUUUUUUAAUAAAAUAAGAUGCUUUCUUUUAUUUCUUCUAUGAGAACAGUGUUAGCUCGACAACAAAGUGUUGACACAUUAAGGAAACUUCAUACAUCAGCUAUUUGUGAAGCUGCCCGUAAGGGCACUCGAGAGAAGGCUCGAAAAAAAAAAGUUAAAGUUGAAGUGAAGAAAGUGGGGUUCAUACCACAUAAUCAAAGGGAUAAGAAAAUUAAUUUGCAACGUGAAAAUUUACACUUUGACGAUUCUUGGAAACAAUUACCACAAGACAAUGUUUAUGUCCUGAAAUACUAUCGUUGGCCGGUAUAUACGGUUGCUGAUGCUAUACAGUGUCAUCGUGAAACACAUCAUCCUUCUAUGUACAAUGUGCCUAACGCUCCACUCAUCGUAGAUAUUGAAUUGGAUAUGCGAGCAGAGAAGAAAAACCGAUUCGUGGACAACUUUCAGCGCAUGGCUAUGAUACCUCAUAAAUUCGAGCAUGGUGAGGAGCGCAAAAUCCUCGUUUUCACAAAAGGAAAUGAUGAGAUCAGUGAGGCUCGGGAAGCCGGUGCUACACUUGUAGGUGGUAUUGAGUUGAUAAAGGACAUAACCAACGGAGAGUUAUUACUGACCGAUUAUCAAUUUGUACUCGCACAUCCAAACAUUUUGCCGGAGUUGGUGGCCCUGCGAGGACUGAUGAAACGUAAGUUUCCAAACCCACGAAGCGAGACACUUGGUACAAAUUUAGCGGAAAUGAUUGAACGCUUUUCAAAUGGCAUUAGCUAUGCAGCCACCAAGGAUGAGCAUCAACAAGAUUUUGGGUUGAUUUCAACAAGCGUGGGAACAUUAGAUAUGGAUACUCACAAAUUAGAAGAAAAUUUACGUUCCUUACUGCUAGAUGUUGAUUCAAUACGUCCUAAGCGUGAAGGUGAACGAUUUAUAAAACGUGUACUACUUAAGAGUCCACCGAGUAGUGAACGACUGAAAAUAGAUGCUCUUCAAUAUGUACCAGAGUUCUACGUAAAAACAGCUAAUAAAGCUUCUGCGAAAUCGAACGAAGUCGAGGAACGGGUAGAAGAAUUCAGCGAAAAACAAGAAGCUGUAGCUGCACAAUAAUGUUACAUUGAAAAAUUUUUAAUAGACCAGUAAUAUGUACUGUUGAGUGUCGUAAAUAAAGGUUGAAAUAAAUGUAAGUCAUUUAAGGUUCUGAAAGAAA